AUGCUCUCUGCGCGAGGACUUAAAAACGUCAAUGAGCUAGAUAAGCCAUGGCGGUUUGCUCUCACUCAGACAUAUGACCCAGAAACAAACCCAACGGGGCUGAUAUCUUUUGGAUUGGCUGAGAAUGUUAUUUUCACACAAGACUCCAUCAGCUACCGCUCAAGCGCACCAACAGCAGCAAGGCUACCGGUAGCUGCAGCAGUUCAUUUGAACGACAUUCUUGCGCCGCAUAUCCCCAUAAACUCGGACCAAAUAGUCGUCGCAGACUCUCCAACCUCCCUAGGAAACAUGCUCGGAUACAGCCUGGCAGAGCAGGGCGACGGAAUACUCGUCAAUCGACCCGUGUACGGCCGCUUUGAACUCGACUAUGGAGUCGAAGCGGGCGUCGAGAUGGUGUAUGCUGACACUGACAUAGAGGAAGCGUUCCUCCCCGCAUCAGUGGAGAAGUAUGAACUUGCUUUAGCUGGUGCAAAGGAAAAAGGCAUGAAUAUUCGUGCGGUAUUGCUUGUCAAUCCGCACAAUCCUGUUGGUCGUUGUUAUCCAAUUGAGACACUCGAGGCGAUCGCCAAAUUCUGCGGCAAGCAUUCCCUUCACUUGAUCAGCGAUGAGGUAUAUGCCUCCUGUGUCUUUGGCACAGGUGAUUCCGAAGCUGUCCCAUUUACCUCAAUCCUCUCGCUGGAUCUGUCAAAAUUGAUAAAUCCUGAAUUGGUCCAUGUAUUGUAUGGAUUCAGCAAGGACUUUGCUUCGGGGGGUCUUCAUCUUGGUUUUCUAGUGACGGAGAACCAACCACUUCGGCGUGCUUGUAAAGCAGUCUUGAGACUCCAUGGUGCAUCCCAAGCAGCUGUGACGAUCGGUACCACUGUCUUGGAAGAUCGAAUCUUCGUCUCGAACUUUGUAGCCAAAGCGCGACAGAGUCUUGCAUCAGGAUACCGGCUCACAACAUCUAUUUUGGAAAAAGAAGGGAUCAGGUUCAUCAAAGGAAAUGCCGGGUUCUUCGUGUACGUUGAUUUAUCGCCGUAUCUUCCUUCCGGGGAUCUUUCGCCCAAAGAGCGAGAGUUCAGUCUUGCGCAGAGGAUUCUCGAUGCUGGUGUAUUUUUGCACCCUGGCGAGGAGCACUCGAAGGAUGUCGGGUGGUUUCGGCUGGUCUUUUCGCAGGAGGAAGUGAUUCUGAAGGAAGGGCUGAGGAGAUUGAUCGGUGCUCUGAAGACAGCAUGA